AUGAGUAACUUUAAGUCACACCGUUCAUCAUGUAAACCGCCUGAGAGAAAUAUUUGUCCUUUUACCAUGUUUAGUAUACAUUAUUUGCUUGUUUUGAUUACACUGGUGUUCAGCUGUAAACUCAUCAAGGUCUCUGGGUUGAAGAUAACACCGCGGAAUCAGAGCGAGGCGUUAAGAAAUCAGUCACUGGAAAACCAUUUUACGGCGUGGAUACAUAAAAACAGUGCCAUAAGCUUAAAUAAUCGUCCGACCAAGCGACACUCUUUUGAGCGAUUAAAUGUGGACGAUAACGUUGAAUCCAAUUAUGAGACCUCAUACGACAAACAAGAUAUGGACGAUUUUGAUGUGAACAAUGCAGGAGAGAAGCUACAGACAAGCUACAGACAAGUGAUUUUAGAUCCAAACGAGGCGAAUGCUUUACGAGUACCUCAUCCAUAUCCUUUCCAGCCAAUUCAUGUACGCCGUGACUGGCAUCCCCAAAUAGAACCGCUAGAGAUAUUCCCAAAUCCCAUUCAAGUUCAUCAUUACAGGAAAGUUCCAGUUGCAGUUCAGGUGCCGAGAUAUGAAAUUGUUCCAAAACCUUUUUAUGUUCCUUUAAGAGCAUCGCCAGAUUACAGUGUGCUGCACGUAGAUGUUUAUCACCCAGGUUGGUUUUGAGAUUUUAAGGGCACCAUAUUUUAAUAGUAUUAUCAUUUAACAAUAUUCAAAUCUUCCCAUCACUCAAAAACCGAUAUAUUCGAGUGGCCAGCUUCCAUCUCAUCAUCGAUUGACCUAAAAUUUUUUUAAUGAGUUGCUGCGUAGUCAGCGAAUUAAGUGUAACUACAGAAAGCAAAUGGUUCAUAGCUAUAUAGCUUCUUGAUUUGUAAGUUUCGCAACUAUGUCAGAGCCAAUUAUUUACCUAUUUGCAUACAGCUUCGCUUGGUUAGAUGUUGGUGCCCAAGCUAACUUAUUACUAAUGGGAGAAAGACAUCUCUCACGGAAGUUCCAUUGACUAUUUCAUUACCACAGCUAAUCCUUGCAGAAAUGGCGGCCUUUGGCUAUCCAGUCGCUUUGGCUAUCAUUGCUUGUGUUCAAAGGAUUACAAAGGAAGGUUUUGCGAUGGUAUGUAUACUACGCUUAAAGCUUUUUUUAUUUAUUGAAGAAAAAAUUUACGACAUCAAUUUAAUUGAUUUCUCAAUCACAACGUUCGGUUAACAUUGGUUUCUAGUUCAUGAAAACUCAUCAAAGUUAUUUUUCACUAAAAUUUAUUAAAUAUAAUACUAUUUUUUAAAAUUUUUAAAAUUUUUUUCCAGUUUAUCUGUUUGAUAUUUUUGCUUGUUCAUCGAUAGCCAAGUUAUACUGCUCUUCGAGCCCAUGUGAACAUGGUGGAAAGUGCGAGGAAAUAGAGAACAAUUACCAAUGUCAGUGUCCAACAGGAUACAUGGGUUACAACUGCGAAGGUAGAUUAUUAGCUUAUAGGCAUUGUUACAUUUUUAAAGCAAAGACUUUGAAAUGUCUAUUUUUAUACAAAUCUGUGAAGAAUAAAGAUGUUAUUGUUGGCAUUAGUACCUGUUGUAAAGAAAUCCCCUAUCGUUCAGCCACAGAGGUGUUGAAAAACGAUUGAGCUUAGGUUUCAAACACAACGAGACUCUCAUUUCCAUGUUGCUGUCGUUUUUUUUUUUUUUUUUCUUGAAAUCGUUACCGCGCCCACGUAUUAUUCUCUAUUUAAUACUGCUGUAUAACAUAUACAUGCGUUGAUUUACUCGGUUUUAGAGAAGAACUUUUGUAGACCAAACCCGUGUAAAAACGACGGACAGUGUGUUGAGACUAUUAGCAAUUACAAGUGUUACUGCAGAUCUGGAUUCACAGGGAAGCAUUGCGAAGGUAAUCUGUAAAUCAACAAUUUCAUAGAAAUGGAAUGGGCUUGCAUCUUUUAAUAAACUUACGACAGAAACAUCGAUGCUGCAUUUACCUGACCUUCCUAGUACUCAAAUAUGUCAAACGUUUGCACUUUUACCACGUUGUGGGGAAGAUUAUGAAAAUAUUACCCUGAAAGCUAAGAUGACAUUAUUUAGCUGACGUUAUGAAUUUUAAAGUUAUAACUGUUUUCUUACAGACUUAGAUUACUGUGAUCCAAACCCAUGUCAACAUGGCGGCACAUGUCAACAGAGACACGCCUCUCACGAAUGCAUCUGCAGAGAAGAAUUCAAAGGAAAGCUGUGCGAAAGUGAGGCGAAUUUACUGAUCCCCUCUUAUGACUGCCCAGUCAUUUGAAUCAUUCAACACCAGUUUAUUUAUACUGACUGGGAGAAUUGGCCCAAUUGAAAUACGUUGUGUGCGUUUUUUUCCUAUUCAAUCGGUUUGCCAAUUUUUACAUUUACACAGAGAAACGAGUGUGCCUUGCUAAUCCGUGCAAAAACGGCGGCGAAUGCGUUGAGGAUAACUCCAAUUAUCCUUGCAUAUGUCCGAUGGGAUAUAGUCCGCCAUAUUGCAGAGGUGAGCACGUUUUCUAACGACCUGACAUACAAAGAUACACCCCUUUACUUCUCUGCUUUCAAAAUUUCCAAAUGCAUAAAAAUAUUUAAACGUAGUUCUUGAAGUUUUUUGUUAAGUCACGAUGUACUCUGUGCCUAGUAAAAAUUUCUUUCUGAAAGCUUAAGUUGAAGAUUUAUUUCACCUUUAUGCUGACUCAAGCGACCUUUUCUUUGCAGUCCAUGUUUGUGACUCCAACCCCUGCCUUAAUGACGGUAAAUGCGUUCCGAAGAAUGCAGGAGGGCACUGGAAAUACCAAUGCAUUUGCUCUCUCCUUUAUAAAGGAGAAAAUUGUGAAAGUAAGGAAACACUAUUAAAAAAAAGAAAAAAAAUGAAAUGAAAUGAAAAUCUUACGAGGAAUUCUUUUCAGAAUUGUUACAGGCCUCGUGAACCAUAUCAGCCAAAUUAAUUCACAUCUUUCUACUUUAUUAGUUCCCAAUCCUUGUGUAACAAAUCCGUGUUUACAUGGUGGAAGAUGUAUUGAUACUUUUAGCAAGUACACAAACUUUCCAAAGGACUGGGACAUAGGCUUUUUACAUUACUACUGCGCAUGUCCACCGGAUUAUACAGGGCAGAAAUGUGAAGGUACGUCAUCCAGUUCUCACCGCCAAUACAUGACAAAGUUCAAAAAAUAGAAUGCUCAUAUAAUGCAUCAAAUGGAAAGGUUAUUAAUUCGAGAUAGAUGCAAUACACGGAACUGAUCCAAGCAAUAUCUUUUCCAUCAUCACAAAAAACAGAAAAUUUGUGUCUAAGGUGCGACGUAAAUGCAACUUGCCAAAGUGGACAGUGCAUCUGUAAGGAUGGAUUCAGAGGAGAUGGCUUCAAAUGUACUGGUGAGAAGUUUUUUUUAUAUAUCCUUUCGUCGUUUUGAAAUACAAUAAAAGCCCUAUAUAUUUCGUAGCUGAGGAUAACUUUAAUUGCUUUUAUUUUUUGGUCUUUAUCAUUUCAUUUUGUUCAUAUUCUGCUCUGGAAGCCAUCAAGGAUCCAUGCGUUCCAAACCCAUGUCGAAAUAACGGGACAUGUAGCAAGGGACCUGAUGAAAGCUUCGACUGCACCUGUCCAGAGGGAUUUUUCCCCCCUCUUUGCACAAGUAAGUGACAUAUCUUUCCAAAUUCGUAGAAAUAACAACGGCAGGCUUGAGAUAAGUGUUAUAAAAACUAUCACAGGUCUCCUUUUUGGAAAAUAGAAAGUCAAAACUUAAAAUUGUUGUCCGAAGUCAAAUCCUAAGAGUGAGUAACACUAGCUAUUUUCUUUUCAAUUAGUGAAGCUUGGUCGACGGCUCCAUCUAAAAGCUUUAAAUGCGCAGUGAAUCCUACAUGUAAAAUAAAUAAAAGUACCAUCUAUCCUAAAAUCAAAGAUCAGAGAUUCUGUCCGAGAAAAGAAAUGAUUUCACUGACAUCUUGUAUGGGUAGAUUCUUUUGGUCAGUCAAAGUUGUUGCGAAAUAUAGUGAUUAUGAUUAUAUGAUCAUUAUUAUAUUUAUCAUUACUAUUAUCGUCAUUGUCAUUAUUAUUACCGUUAUUGUGAUUGAUUUAUCAAUAUUACUAUCAUAAUCACUAUAUUCAUUAUUGUUUUAGCUAUUAUUAUUAUUAUUAUUAUUAUUAUUAUCAUCGUAAGUAAUAAGUUAUCGUGGCAGUAUUACCUUCAAACUCCAUCCGUUCGUCCUCAUCCAUUUCUUCAAGCCACUCUGUCGAAAAAAAGGCAAUAAAUAGAUAAAUCACGCGUUGUAAGUCGAUUUCCAUAAAAAUUAAACCAACGAAAUCAAGGAAAGGGUCGAAGAAUUAAAUUACUCGAUUCUAGGUUUUCUUCAUAACCAACCAUUUUCAUAAUGGACUUUUUAAGGUUUAAGAUAGAAAUAUUUUACCAUUGGUUUCCUCCAAAACUUUUUCCAUGUUUUCAUCCUCGGAUAGAGAGCCAAUUUCGGAUAGAGAGCCAAUUUCUGAUAGCAAAUGUAGAAAAAAGGAAAAACGCGAUCAGAGAUGAAAUAAGAAAGUACAUACCGUAAAGUUAAAGAAAAACUUAAAGGGCAAUGAAAGAGGGCAGGUGGGGAAUUGGAAAGAUAUGAAAAGACGAAUGAACCAGGAACAAAAGGAUAUGGGGAAUCUCAACCUGUUUGAUGAGAAUGCAAAUAAAGGCAAAAAUGAUUAGAGAUGAAUUUCUUUAAGUUCUUGUCACUAAAUUGGGAAAUUCUCAACUCGCAAAAUGAUGUCUAUCAUAUGAAUAUAGAUACUUAUGUUGAUUAUCAUAUUAAUUAUACAUCAUUUUGUCCUAUUUUUUUAGUUAACCUAGAACUCCAUUUCCACUUUUUCCAGAUUUCAUAGGAAGUGAUGUUUGUCUGUAGCCGGUUUUCAGUUCCUUUACAAACACAACCAAAGACUGAAUCAUCAUGCCGAAAGUUAGAGCGAAACAUGUGUCACGCAAAUUUGUCACAAAAUACCAAGUCUAUUAUCUGAACCUGUAAUGAGACUGUAAUCAAGUACCCCUAAAAAGAUUAAUUACAAUUGAGAGUUAAUUUUCUCAAAAAAGUCAAAUUUUCUGAGACUCGAUUCCUUCCUGAGGGAAGAUGGGGUCCUCCAAAAUUUUUGCUUUCAGUAAACUGCAUGCAUUUGGCAUAAAUGUUUAACGUUAUGCCCCGGAGACUCGUCCUUUGUGUCAAAUGUCAAUAUUUACGUCGGCGAGGCGCUCUAUGAAUUAGCCACAUACUUGAGAAGUCAUUCAGAAAUGAGUUAUUUAAUUUGUCAUUUAUUUUCGUCGUAGUUAGAAUUCAAGAACGUAAAUUAAUUCUAGUUCGGCUCGAUUAAACCGGACUUCUAUCUUAAUUAUUCAUUAGUUUUCUUCCCAUGAACAUUUGACAAAGACGAAUGAAUUAGUCAGUUAUAUUGUCUCUUUUGGUUUCAAUGUGUCGUUCAGUUUCAGUUUUUCCUCGAAACGGACACCUUUUCUUUCACGUAAGGGCCUUUAAACUAACAAGAGUAAAGCCAGUCUCUCUGCUUAACAUCACAGGAUGGGAUUUGGCAUUAUGUCGCAGUGAUCUGUACUGGUCAUGCAGUCAUGGUUUAUAAAACCUCUUUAUGCGUAACAGAAUUAACCUAAUCCUGCUUUUAGCGACAGCCGCUCCAUCGCAGUGUACUUUCAUAACGCAAAGUUCAAACGUGAAUUAAUGAAUCUUCGAGACGUGACAAACAACGUUUCUGCCUAAAAAAAAAAGGUGCUGUCAACAUACCUGAAUAUAAAUCCUCGAUUUCGUUGGCAAUAUUUUUUGCUCUUGCGACGCUAACGGAGUGAAGGAGUAUCAAAAUAACUGCAAAACUCACGAGGUGCAUUUUAACGGACGAUUCUAGCUGCAGCAACUAGCCAGCAGAUCAUUCAAAUGUUUCCCAACUUCAAAUUUCCAGUUUAAAAGCGCUAGUCUCUCACCAGGAUGCCUUGAUUCGUUAUCGAUGCUAAAUAAAUAAGCAGCUCAUUAGACCAUGGCAAUAUAUAACCGUUUUUUUUCUCUCCUUUUGUUUACGUCGUAUCCAAUUUAAAUUUGUUGAUAUGGCGGGCUGGAAUUUUGCGCUACAGUCAGGAGACCGUUAACGGCCAGCACGCAACGGCGAAAAAUCAUCUUAGAAACAAAAAUAUGCUCAAAUUCACUUUGUUUUUCAUUGUUUAUUCACCAAGACUCAUUUUGUGAACACUUGAAAAGUAUGUCAGAUGUGAAAGUGUGUAUAAUUUGCAAAAUCAAUGAAGCGGAUAAAUAUUUAUGCUCAGUGUGAAAGGAAGGUAUCAACCGUGACCUGAGCGUCGGUUGGGGACUCUCGAGGAGCCGUUGCAAGUCUGGAGAAGCUUUUUCAACACCAAAGUCAGUGCGGUGAAUGGCUCAAGAAGAAGAAACCUUAAUGCCUCCAGGAUAUAAUUUAUUUUAAAUACCCCUCCUUAGUAAGUAACUAGUCCUUAAGUAUUACUGGCAUGCUCGCGACCCUUUCAAGUCAACGAAGAAGAGGAUUUGUUUUGAAACACCUAUAGUGGCGAGCAUAAAACCGUUCGCAAUGCGGUAUAUCUAAUUUCAUGUGCAAAUCAAACGGGCUCUUGAUUAAACAUCCUUAAUUGACAGUUGAGCAAACAUUUUACUAGAUAUUCUAGAUAGUUUUAAAUUUACCAGUAUUAUUAUAUUUUUUAUUCAAUUUUAACUAAAUAGUUAAAGGAAUUGCUGAUCCUAUUCAAUGCCCUCUCGUAUAAUCGUUUUUGGACCUGAGUACCGGCCUAUUCCUAUAAUCAAGGGGAGUUAUCCGCGUGUUUUUAAUUGAUCACGAACUAGUUACUAAUCAUUCGUCUACGUAAUAGAAAUCGAAAGCUUUUCAUUGAAAAUGCCACCGUUCAGAGUUUUUCCCAUGGUCAUUCAGCUCUGGCUGAGAAACGUAGCUGCGCAAAACAUCUUUCCAAUAUUAUACAGGCUUACCACGAAAAUAAAGUAACUGUUAAAUUACUUGCAGGCAUUUUUACAGAUGAGUCUUCAUAUUCGGCUUCAAUGUAAUUUAAAAUUCAUGUUUUGUUUAGUUGAAAUAGGAGCUAAGUUGAUUUGGAAGGGAUUUAAGAGAUUACCUACAAAACCUAGUAAAAUGAUACUUCGCAGAAAUAAAACUUUUACUGAUUUGAUUCAAAAACCUGAAGUUACCAGGUGGCUAAGAACGAUUUACGAUGUACGUAACAAGUGUUUGAAAAUAACUAAAUUGGUUGAUAUGAUCGAGGAAGGUCCCCUUCCCCCCACUUUAAAGCGAGAACAUUUCUAUGGAAUAGAACAAGCUUUUUUUGAAUAAUUGAAUAUGAUAACUGUUAUUAACCUACUUAAUUUUUCUAUUGAUGUAUUUCAAAUAUCAGUUUUGUUUUUGUUUCUACAGCGGUAGAUGUUUGUAUCCCUAAUCCUUGUAAGAAUCAAGGGAUUUGCACAAAGGAUGGCGUCGAUCAAUACCAUUGCAUCUGCCCGGCGGGCUUUUUACCUCCUAAUUGUGUAAACAGUAAGUUAUAACAAACUAAACUGUUUUUGAGGGAGUUCUUCUGCUUCUUGACUCCUCGUUGGUUAUCUGGAGGAACCAAAAGUUUUAUCGUUGUGUCACGCUGUACUUUUAACCCUUUACACAAUUACUACACACUUACAUCAGUGUGCCUAGUCCAUUCUGAUCUCCAUACACUUCAUAGGAUGCUGACAAAGACAACUUAUCUAACAAUUAAGAGCAUUUUUGGUCAUUAAUCGAUCUCUUUUUUCUCUUGGCCUUUAAGUCUUAUUCGGGAGUGAUAUUGUGAGGAGAACUCAGAUUGACAGUUGAAUCCGACCAUAAGUUAUCACCGUUACUUACUGAGCAGCUGGGAAAUAACUGCUCUCUGCUAUGCUUGCUUCUUAGAGACUGUUGAUCCUUGCGUCCCUAAUCCAUGUCUAAACAGGGCAACUUGUCAGGCGUCACAAGAUAAAAAGAGAUUUACCUGCAACUGCAGAGGAAGUUUUAAGCCUCCUCUUUGUGGUAAGUAGAGUAAAAUGGUAAUGAUAAUGAUGAUGAUAAUCAUAAUUACGACGAUAAUUAACGAGUCAAAUUAAGGGCUCACAUUAAUUACAUACUAAUAUACAAUGAAUCUAUAUAUACAAUGAAAUGAAUUUUCUUUAUAUAUUAUAUAUAUAUAUAUAUAUAUAUAUAUAUAUAUAUAACGCGAUAUAUAAAAUUCAUUUCCUAAGGGCACAAACAAUGCCAUUAAGUCUGAUUGAAUUCUAUAGACGUAUCAAAUUCUAGUAGAAACUGACUCUUUAUCGCGAGACGAGUAAUAAGAACAGCCGAAACAAAGAGAAUAUGUUGAUAUUCUCUUGUUACAACAGAAUUGUUUUAACAUCAAAACGGAUUUUUAUUAAGGAAUCCGAAAGCAUCUAAGUAAUUACACUAAAAUAAUCAUUCGUCUAUGGCUCAGUGGAUAUUGUUAAAUAAUCCCCGAUGCUAUAUAUAUAUAUAUAUAUAUAUUCACACCUCUAAUAUUCAAUUUAUAUACAUAUUUUUUUUUUUUGUUUUUUUUUUUUUUUGUUUUUUUUUUGUGCAGUUAUCAUUUAAACUUAACAAACGAAUAAAGGAAAACUACUCCGUACAACUAUAGAAACCUCAUUCCACUAAUUUUAUUCCUCAUCAACUGAACAGACACAUAUCUUAAAGAAAUGGAGAACAUCCUCGGUAAUCAUAAUUUAUUAUUUAGUGAUUACUGAUUUUAUCAAUAAUAUAUUUUUUUUGGCGCUCAGCAUGUGACUGUCCAAAAGGAGAUCCUUUGUGGGUUCCUCCCAUUCUCGCUCAACAGUGCAAAGAAGAUGGAGAGUGUUACUGCCCAAGUUACAACGGUAAAACGCACUCUAAGACAGAGAGAGGCUGCGUGGAGUCAAGUAAGCAAGACAUUUUAUCUAACCUACAUUAUAGUUUUCCAGAUGCCUCCCCUCUAGUAGUUAUUUGAAGGAUUCCUUAUGUUAAAAUCACACGCAAAUUUUGCUCUUUAGAUGUAAAUAGGUCCACGUCAGUUUCGAUCCUACCAAGCUUAACUAUGGCCAGAAGCACAUACCUUAUGCUCAACUUAUGCUCAAUGAUCUUGCUUAGAACCGUUUGCAGCCAAUAAAAAUCACGAGAAACCCUCAUAUUUAUAUACUCCAUUUAUCUAUUAUAUAUAUAUUUUUUUAACAAAAUUGUUGCUAAUUUUAUUUUGCCUUCGCCCACGAAGUUGCGAGGCCUCAGUCCUAAUCUAAAUUAUUCAAAGUCUUCAGUUGUAGACCAUUCUUUGUGCAAAAUUAACUUAUAGUACGGGAGCAGAGAAAAGUAAUGUUUUUUCCCUAUAGUCUAUCAACCGUUUUCGACGGUAAACUGCUUCUCCACGUUCUGUCUCGGGUUCUACAAGUAAAAGAUAAUAAACACAAUACAAGGAAUUUGACUCACACGUAUUUAUUAUUUUUUUUACCUUGAUAUCAUUUGUUCCGCGAAGCUCAAAAACCUUCUCUAUUCUCGGAACAGAUUAAGUUCUCGGACAAAUUUCCCAACAUUACCAUUGCUCGAGGCAAUGUUUUAUAACAAAACUAGUCGUUCAUGUUGCUCAAUCUCAUAGGCCACUUUUUUUUAUUUAUCCAGGACAGGAUCCCUGCGAUAGUAAUCCGUGUCAAAAUGGUGGUGUGUGUUCUGCUAACCCUGACAAUUUGUCCUUCACUUGUCAAUGUCCUGAGCCAUGCACGGGAGAUCGCUGUCAAAAUUGUAACAGUAAGUCUGUUUUUAGCCCAUUAGUUAAAGUUAGAAUUUGUUUUUGGCUGUUCCUUUCAAUCGCCAUUACGCGGUUUUCCAUUCCGUCGAUAUUCAACUACUGUUAUUUAAUGUAAACAAACAAACAAACAAACAAAACACUCACAAACAAAAAAACAAAACAAAACAAAACAAAGAAACGAAGGCAACAGACUCAAGAAUGCUCCCUAAAUAUUUAAAUGCAUUUUAGUCCGUGAAUUACUAAUCUUUUUGUGUUAAUGUGUUUUCAGUUUGGUUUUGUUUUGGUACUUUGUUUUGUUUUGUUUGUUUGUUUUUUCUGUUUCGAUUGCUUGUUUGGUUUAAAGAAUGAUUCCUUCCUUUUAUGUUAACAAGUUGACGAGAUUUGUACUCCUGGAUAUUGCAAGAACGGUGGAACCUGUAUAGUUGUGGGAACGAAGCCUUUCUGCAAGUGUCCUCCAAGUUACCUUCCCCCUCUAUGCCUGAUGCACGUUAACACAACAGGUAAAGGUUUUCUAGAUCUUUUACAACUGGUUUGUUUCAUUUUAUUUGUCUAAUCAUCUUUUUAAAAAUGUUUCGCUCCAGAGUUUUCACGUCCUACUGCAGAUUUUCUGUAAAUCAUCUACUCGCCUAAUCUGCUUGAUCUAGCAAGAGUAAAGCCAAUGGGUCAAAUACGGCUUUAAAAGGUUGCCCAUUCGUUGCCCACCUUCUCCCCUCUUCCCCUCGCCUUAAACCUUAAAUCGUUCAACAGAAAACCUCGCGUACUACUUAUCUUUCCAUUGUGAGACAGAAAAAUAGAUGUAACAUUAGUCGUAUGACUUAGUAUAUAUUUGUUGUUUAAUGUUUACUGUUUUAUGAAACUGAUCAGAUAACCGAAGUCUUUGUCAUCCCAACCCAUGCCAAAAUGGUGGAAAAUGCAGGCAAGUGAGACCGAACAGCCUUGAAUGUAGCUGCUCCAAGCAGUACCAUGGAAGAUACUGUGAGCGUAAGUAAGCAAUAAAUACUCUACGUUUAUGAAGCCAAGAACACUUAAAUUUACUGCACAAAGUUUAUACUACUUAAAUUUGUGCAAAAAAAAAAACCAAAAAUGUCUCGAUCCAUUUAAUAAAAACAUGUUCAAUGAACCUAGGUGCAUGUGAAGGCUGUUAUAGAGAUAGGAGUUUUUACGAAUUUUUGGAUAUGCAGUGCAAUUGAAAAAUUGACAAAAAAUCGAGUUUUUUUAAAUCUUUAGUCAAGCUGAAAAGUUCAAUAACACUCGUGAUUUAAAUGGUAUGGAACAGGAUGUUCUAAAUGGUUUGAUUUGGCUUUUUUAUACCCCUCCCCUUACCCAACACCAACCUAUUUUUUUGGGUUGGGGCAGGAGUAGGUUUGUAAUUACUCAGAUACUGACAUUGAUGCUUUACUUUUUUCUUGCUUUAGGUGACAAAUGCAUGGAUUGUGAUGUCCAUGCUAUAUGCUACAAUGGCCGUUGUAAAUGCAGACCGGGCUACAAAGGAAGCGGAUUUCAUGGAGAUUGUAAACCAGGUAAAGUAAUACCAAAUUAUUAUUUUUAAAUGAUCCUUUUUGAUGUGAAACCCGCACCAUGAACAUCUAGAGUAUGAAUGGAAUGUUCAUCGCGUUCUAACAAAUUGGUCACAAGAGAAUUCUCUCUAAUGGGUACUUUGUUUACCUCCAACACAAAGCAUUUCAGAAAAUAAUCUCUGGUGUUCAAGAUUUCUAGAGUUUCAUUGUAAAAUAAGCUGUAUUUUUAACCCUUAGUUAUCAACCUGUAAGCAUGUUAUUUACAAUUAGCUCCCUGUCGUUAAAGACACAACACAAUCAAAAUGCGCACAUAUAUAUGUAUAUCUCUAGAUUCUUCCUACAAAUGUUGCCUGAAGACUUUAAUCAGUGCAAUAUCUACAAAAAAUCCUACUGAGAUUGAAGAAAUAAUGUGAUAGAGUUUAACUCUGAUCAUAUCAGAAAUCAUCUCAGAGCAUUAAUUUAACUUUGGAGCUGCCAUAAGUGAUGUCCGCGAUACAAUGAGCGAAAAAAAUUUAUAAGUAACUGUUAGUGGUCAAAAUUAGCGUUAAGGUUCUUUAUCCACUCAUAAAAAAAGGCAUUGUUGCAUUUUAAGUUUAUUUUAUUGUUUUCAGUGUCUUUCUGUAACACCUGUCCGCUAAACGCCGUCUGUGUUGGCGGAGAAUGCGCUUGUAUCGCGGGAUUUUACUUUAUUGAUAACACUUGUCAGAAAAUAGGUGAGUCGAUGUAUGUUUUUUGUAAUUAUCUAAAUUGAUUUAGUCAUUUUGUUAUAUAUCUCUCGUUCAUUUGCUUAUUUAUUCAUUUUUUCAUUUUCCUGCUCUAGUUGGAGACUAAUUCAGUUUGGUACCGUAUGCAUGACUAAAGCAGUUGCUGAGGACAAGGACUUCGAAAGCACGCUCAUUAGGUCGAGUCAGAUCCGAAUAGUUAUCCAGCCCAACCCUUUCCUAAAAUCCUAA